CCGGCAGUUGAACAAAGGAUGGUGUCGUGUUUUUUGGGGGAAGGGAGGCUGCUGGAGGACGGAGACUUUCGACUUUCACCGGGCUGAGGACGUCGACUUUCAUCUUCCUUUCUUACUUCCUUCACCCCUUCCCGGAGACGACGACCCUUCUUCGCCAAGGGGCAGCAGAGAAGGGAGAAAUUGUGGCAUUAGGGCGUUGAGGAGGAAAAAGGAGGAGGAGAGGAAUUCGGGCUGUUUAAGAUGGCGUCGCAAGAGUACGUGGACAAGAUGGAGGCUCGCAAGAACUUCACCAAUCUCUGGCACACUGACCUGAUAAGCACCAUGCAGGUGGAUCUGCCAUAUUGCUGUCUCGCGUUUUGGUGUGGACCCUGUGUAUCAUACAUGCUUCGCAAACGAGCUCUAUACGGUGAUAUGAACAGAUACGUGUGUUGUGCAGGUUACAUGCCAUGCAGUGGAAGAUGUGGCGAAAGUAAGUGCCCAGAGUUUUGCCUAUUCACAGAGGUUCUUCUAUGCUUUGGAAAUUCUGUCGCAUCAACACGUUUUUUGUUGCAAGAUCAGUUCAAUAUUCAGACAACACCUUGCGACAACUGCAUAAUUGGAUUCAUGUUUUGUCUCCAACAACUAGCAUGCAUAUUUUCUAUUAUUGCGAUGAUUGUAGGAAGUGAUGAAAUACAAGCUGCUUCACAUGCACUCAACUGUUUGUCAGAUUCUGUGUACUGCACGGUUUGUGCAUGCAUGCAGACCCAACACAAGAUUGAAAUGGAUAAACGAGAUGGUAAGUUCGGCCCACCAGGCCCAAUGGCAGUUCCUCCUGUUCAGCAGAUGUCACGCAUAGACCAACCUCUUCCUCCACAAGCUGGCUAUGUUGCUUCCUACCCUGGACAACCUGCAUAUCCUCCUUAUGGAUACCCUCCACCUGCUGGUUAUCCUCCUGCUCCUGCUGGUUAUCCUCCUGCUCCCGCUGGUUAUCCUCCUCCUCCUCCUCAGCCAUAUUCUUCUCAGCCCUAUGCUCCUCACGGCUAUUACUCCAAGUGAAAAAACUGGGAUAUUCUGCUUCAGCGUUACACGGUGGACAACAGAGAGAACGUGACUGAUUUGAAUGACAGUUUAUUAUGUUGGCAGUAUUAAGUCGAAAAUUCAGAUCUACAGUGUAUUUGGGAAAAUUUAGUGCACAAAUAAGACUCUUUGGGUGACUGUUUCCUUGUUCGGGGUUUGUUAAUAGAAGACUAGCUUCAUUUGUGAGAAGCGACAUAGCUCUUAAUUUUUUAAUGAGAUUUGGAUCUUUCAACUUUGGCCAAA